AUGAUAAAUCAAGCGACCAUACACAAAAGAAAACAGGUAGCCCACCUAGAAAAGACUCUAAUGACCCUUAGGACCCUAGAGGCCCAACAUAAACUUAACCCAACGCCAGAAACAAACGGAAAAAUUGCAGAAUGCCAAACAAAAAUUAAAAAAUACAUGGCGAAAGAUUCAACCAAAGCACUACUGUGGUCAAAACAACUAUUUUAUGACAAAGCAAACAAAGCAGACACACUACUCGCAAGGAAACUCAAACAGAGAACAGAACGUAAACAGAUCACCAAAAUUAACACACCAGAAGGGACUCUCACAGAAAAACCGAGCGAGAUAGCCGGCGUCUUUCAGAAAUACUUUGAAGCCUUGUACGACCACUCACCUACAACCCGACAAAACCCAACGCACACCAACACACUUAUUGACCAAUACCUACAACAGGCACCACUACCUUCCCUCCCAACAGAAGCAGAGGAAGCACUAGCCAGCCCCAUCACGCCAGAAGAACUCGCAGGAGCGAUCAAAACACUGAAACCCAAUAAAAGCCCGGGCCCGGAUGGGUUCACAGGACUCUAUUACAAAACUUACGCAUCCACCCUGAUCCCCCACCUCUGCAACCUCUACAACGCGAUCCUGGCAGGCGACCAACUACCACCAGACAUGCUACAGGCCAAUGUAUGCCUCCUCCCCAAACCCAACAAAACCCUCCUAGACCCAGGACACUACCGACCAAUCUCACUCCUCAACGUCGAUAUCAAACUACUCACCAAACUCCUAGCAGACCGCCUCAACCCAUAUCUAACCCGACUAAUCCACCCAGACCAGGUGGGCUUCAUACCCACGAGACAGGCUAGCGACAACACUAGACGGACAUACGACCUCAUCUGGACAGCUCACACAAGACAAAUCCCGACCUUAAUACUUUCGCUUGACGCAGAAAAAGCCUUCGACAGACUACUUUGGCCCUUCCUAUUCGCGACUCUCGAAAAACUCAGAUUCCCACAAGAAUUCAGGAACGCGCUGACAGUACUAUACGCCACACCUCAAGCACACUUACUCCUCCCACAUACACAACCACCCUCCUUCACGAUUUACAACGGCACGCGUCAGGGAUGCCCACUAUCCCCAGUCCUAUUUGCACUCUCCCUUGAACCGCUCCUACAGAGCCUCAGGCUCAACACCGACAUAACCGGCCUCAGAAUACGAGAGGAAGAAUAUAAAACGGCAGCAUAUGCAGACGACCUACUCAUCACAAUCACGGAACCCAUAACCUCCUUACCACCACUUCUACACGCCCUAGAAGCAUAUGCGGCGGUAUCAGGGUACAAACUAAACAUAGAUAAAACAGAAGCCCUCUCAAUACACAUAGACCCUUCCACAACAGCAGCCAUCCAAGAAAAAUACCCCUUCAGACUAAAACCCACCCACAUACAAUACCUAGGGAUCGCUAUCCCGGCAGACCUACCCCAAUGCUAUGCUCUGAACUAUACACCCACGAUACAGAAAAUAACCCACGACAUCUCUACCUGGCAAAACAUGCCGAUCUCGUGGCUGGGCAGACUAGCGUCAGUCAAGAUGAACGUGCUCCCUAGGCUUCUAUACCUAUUCCAAACCCUACCGAUCCCAAUCCGGAGCAGCGACUUCAAAACACUGCAAACAACCAUCGACAAAUUUAUAUGGGCCAACAGACGCGCCAGAAUAAAACGCCAAACCCUAUAUGUACCCAAUAGAGCCGGGGGCCUGGGCUUACCCCACCUUACACAUUACUACCAGGCAGCCCAACUAACGCAGGCCCAAAACUGGCACGCCCCAUACGGAGUUAAACGUUGGGUAGAUCUUGAACACGACAUUUUCGGCAGAGACUUCCCCUCACUAUACAUCUGGCUACAGAAAUCAGCGAGGCCCCCGCUGCCCCGCACAUCACCGGCGAUACUCAACACCAUAAACAUAUGGGACAAAACAACUCACAAGAGCGGCCUUACAACCCAACACUCACCAUUAACCCCGCUACUUCGCAACACCCACUUCCCACCGGGCAUGACACCCAAAGACUUCGCCCGCUUCGAGGCAAACGAUCUCACUCGACUGUUCCACUACUACAAAAACCAACAACCAAUACCUUUCCCAGAGCUCCCACAUACAACACCAUACCGUACAUUUGACAUGUUCCGCCACAUACAAAUCAAAAGCUUCCUAGACAUGCCAAUAACCAAACAAGCAGGAACUAAAGAGCUCACAUCCUUCGAAAAACAAUGCAUGCAAUCCCCGACACAAAAAGGCCAAAUAUCCGCACUCUACACACACCUAAUCCAAAAUGUUAAAGACGGGGCCCUUACAUAUGUGUCGGCUUGGGAGAGGGAUCUAGGCCCGGCAGAAGACCCGACUGAUUGGGCCAGGAUCUGGGAGGCCACAGCAUCUAUAUCAAUCUGUGUCAACCACAAAGAACAGGCGUACAAGACGCUUAUGAGAUGGUAUCUUACCCCCCUCAGGCUCAAGCAGAUGGGCAGGUCAGACACGGACAUAUGCUGGAAAGGUUGCGGACAGAAGGGCACAUACCUCCACAUGUGGUGGGAAUGCACACCCACCGCACAACUUUGGCAACAAAUAGCUUCCAUGGUAUCGAAAAUCCUCCACACAGACAUACCACUAAACCCCUGGACAUGGCUCCUAUCCAAACCGCUUCCCAACACACCUAGGGCCCAAAACAAACUAAUUGCCAAAAUAGCACUGGCCACUAGAAGAGCCAUUGCCGAAAAAUGGGGUAGCCCAGAAACCCCGACCGUGGGUACAAUAACCCAAAAAAUAAAAGAGACAAUUAAAAUGGACGAAUUGUCCGCACUGGUACACGACUCGACUAAGCACUUCCACAAAAUCUGGGACCCAUGGUUCUACGAAAACCCUCUCUCCACCUGAAACACACACACACCCACACUACAAAAACGCUCCGCAGACACUUAAACCACCAACACCUCCCAGAACCAUCAGACACAUCCCCUCUAGCACCAGCCACCCACACACACAGAAACAUAAAAGAGCCAAGACCACCAAACAUAACCCCCAACCAUACAAACUGAGAGAACCCCCAGAUAAGAAACCCCAAAGGGCCGAACAAAUCCCCCAAAACCGGACACCCCGAAACAAAUACAACAGAACCAAACAUAUCCGCCAACUAAGAAAACAGCUGAAACAGCCUAAAUCCAGUGACCACACAACACAACAACCAUACCAACAACCCCAGAGGUAAGCGAAACCACAGCACAACCCCAACGAGAGGCACCCAGCACACACUUAAAUAAUAGAAAACAUACAGAUGGGAAACCAUAAAAGAAGGCCACAAUAGAAGCAACAUACGACAACAACCUCAAUACCCAUAACAUCUCAGACUCACCAACGGGCUGAAAACCCACGCUGGCCGACACACGCAUCGACUUACCAGACCACCCCUUAUAACUGGGUCCACACCCAACCUGAAAAACAAAACGGAAACAACAAGUGAAGGUAACCCACCCCACACCUCCCCUUUCCCCAGCACCCCUCUUACACCCCCAGACAUCAUAGUGAACCAGACAACUCGACCAAAACCGAGCAUAGACAACACCUGA